CAUCCCACUGGUGGCUCUGACGUUUUAUCACGCUGCUGCUCUUGUGACUUAUUCCUCUUUCUUCGGCCAACCAAGAAUAAUACAGUAUUCUAAUUCUACACAGUUGUCCGGAGUGAACAUGGUGUGGGUUCUACUUUUAGUGGCUUUCCUGAACACUGGAGCGGUCCAGUGUCAGAGAUCCUCGCUGAAAGACAGUAAAAGACUGGACCCAGAGGUCAACAUGAACAUUAGUGAGAUCAUCAGGCAUUGGGGCUACCCGACAGAGGAGCACGACGUCGUCACAGAGGACGGCUACAUCCUGAGUGUCAACCGGAUCCCGCGCGGUCUGAAGAACGGUGAAGAUCCCAAGCCUGCAGUGUUCCUCCAGCACGGUCUCCUGGCUGCGGGGAGUAACUGGGUGACCAACCUGCCCAACACCAGCCUGGCUUACCUGCUAGCCGACGCUGGCUACGACGUCUGGAUCGGCAACAGCAGGGGAAACACCUGGUCCAGGAGACACCUCACACUCAGCCCUGACCACGACGAGUUCUGGCAGUUCAGUUAUGAUGAGAUGGCAAAGAAGGACCUGCCAGCAGUGGUCAACCACAUUCUGAAGACCACAGGCCAGGAGCAGAUCUACUAUAUCGGCCACUCUCAGGGAACCACUAUUGCUUUUAUUGCAUUCUCUUCCAUGCCUGAGCUGGCAAGCAAAAUCAAGAUGUUCUUCGGCCUGGCUCCAGUGGCCACUGUGGCUUUCACUGCCAGCCCCAUGAGCAAGCUCUCCAUCUUCCCCGAUUUCCUCAUUUGGGAUGUGUUUGGGAAGAAGGACUUCAUGCCUCAGAGUGCUCUCAUUAAGUGGUUCGCCACCAACGUCUGCAGUAAGAAACCUCUUAGUGAGCUGUGUGGGAACCUCUUCUUCAUCCUCUGUGGCUUCGAUGAGCUGAACCUCAACAUGACUCGCACACCUGUGUACACCUCCCACUGCCCAGCAGGGACCUCAGUGCAGAACAUGAUUCACUGGUCUCAGGCAGUGCAUGGUGGAAAGCUGAUGGCCUAUGACUAUGGGAGAGCAGGGAACAUGGCUCACUAUAACCAGUCGACCCCCCCGUUGUACAACAUCCAGAACAUGAAGGUGCCUACGGCCCUGUGGUCCGGGGGUCACGACACCCUGGCUGACCCUAAGGACGUUGCCGUGCUGCUCACCCAGGUACCCAACCUGGUGUACCACCGCCACAUCGAGCAUUGGGAACACCUGGACUUCAUCUGGGGUCUGGAUGCCCCCCAGGAGAUGUACAGUGAGAUAAUCAAACUGAUGAGUCAGCAGGACUUGGUGUGAACAGUGGAUUGACAGGGAGAAAUAUGGCCAGUUUUAACCUCCGCUCUCAGCACACUAGCAGAAGCGAUUUUAAUACUGUAUCUGAAACAUAUUGGGAGACAUAUCGCAGUGCCUGGGUGCGAGUGAGUACACACGUUUGUGCAGUUUUGUGUUUGUGACUAUAAGCAUGUGUAAAAGCGAGUCUUUCGUGUGUUUGAGUAAGCCAUGCUCUCAAGGAGCAAUAAUCAUGUACCUCUAAAUUGGGAUGGUGAGGAAAACAAGCUGUGAGUUUAGGAUUCAGUGUUGUGAGGAAUCCUCUAUUUUGUGAUUUUACUACCACUGUCCUCUUUCAGAACACUUGAAUGGAUUUUAGAUGUCUUUAAAACAAAAUAAUUUAACCUUUUAACUCGGCAAGUCAGUUAAGAACUAAUUCUUAUUUACAAUGACGGCCUACUGGGGAACAGUGGGUUAACUGCCUUGGUCAGGGGCAGAACAACCGAUUUUUACCUUGUCAGCUCGGGGAUUAGA